AUGGAGUGGAGAAGAAAAAGUGAUGUGUUAUACUUGCUGAUGAUAAUGGUGAGUUCAUCAGCAAUUAGCAUUAACGCAUAUGCAGAGGCACAGGAUCUUGACCGCAUAACGGCGCUUCCGGGGCAGCCAGCGGUCAAGUUCUCCCAAUAUUCCGGCUAUGUCACCGUUAACGAAGAAGAAGGCCGCGCCCUCUUCUACUGGCUCACCGAGGCUGCCGUUGAUCCACACACUAAACCACUUCUUCUUUGGCUCAAUGGAGGACCAGGAUGUUCAUCAGUGGCAUAUGGAGCAUCAGAAGAAAUAGGGCCAUUCAGAAUCAACAAAAAUGGUUCAUCUCUUUAUCUCAAUGAAUACUCAUGGAAUAAAGUGGCAAAUAUUUUGUUUCUCGAGUCGCCUGCCGGCGUUGGCUUCUCGUACACAAACACGAGCUCCAACCUGGAGGACUCCGGGGACGACAGAACAGCUGAGGAUGCUCUGGUUUUCGUGAGAAGAUGGAUGGAUCGGUUUCCACAGUACAAAUCUCGAGAGUUCUACUUAGCUGGCGAGAGCUACGCAGGGCACUACGUCCCACAGCUGGCAAACAAGAUAUAUGAUUACAACAACCAUUCCUCACAACCCAUCAUCAAUCUAAAAGGAUUCAUUGUAGGAAACGCGGAUACAGACAGCGUAUUCGACUACAUUGGAACCGUGAACUACUGGUGGAGCCACGCGUUGAUAUCGGAUCACACAUAUAACUCACUUUUGAAAUUAUGCAACAACAGCUUCAAAGACACUUCUCCGAAAUGUGUAGAAAUUCUGAUAUACGCGGAUCAAGAGAUCGGGAAGAUAAACCAGUACAACAUAUACACAGAGGCGUGCAAUACAACACAAGCCGGUGGAGGAAGAAGCAAGCGCUUUCUACAUCACAGGAGAGUUGCACAGUCCACUACUACUGGAUACGACCCGUGUACAGAGAGCUAUGCGGAGAUAUACUACAACAGGCCGGACGUGCAGAAGGCGCUGCAUGCAAACACGACCGCCAUUCCAUACAAGUGGACAGCGUGCAGUGAUACACUUUUCAACAACUGGAAGGACGCGCCCGCUUCAAUGCUCCCCGUGUACACAAAAUUAAUCGGUGCAGGGCUCAGAAUAUGGGUGUUCAGUGGGGACACAGACGCGAUCGUUCCUAUAACAGCAACGAGGCUAUCCCUGAGCCAUCUCAACCUCAGAGUCAAAACUCCAUGGUAUGCUUGGUAUACUGGUGGCAAGGUGGGAGGAUGGACGGAGGUGUAUGAUGGGCUAACGUUUGCGACGGUAAGAGGAGCCGGGCAUGAGGUUCCUCUGACUCAACCUGCUAGAGCUUUCAAGGUUAUAGAGACAUUCUUGUCCGGGAAAGAGUUGCCGAAAUCUCAGUAAGAUAGAGCAAAAGUAGUUUGAAGAAAGUGAGACUAGGA